AUGAAAGCUGAGUUGACAGAAACGAGGGAUAUUUUCAACUUAUUGAAUGUGUUGAAUGAAUUAAAGCAUUUGAAAAGGACUGGAUGGGUGAAAUUCAAUAUUCCGGAACCGGAAACAGUAGCUUGCCAUAUGUAUCGUAUGGCAGUACUUGCGAUGUUACUAGAUAAUAAUGACUGUGAUCGUGCUAAGUGUAUCCGAAUGACAUUGGUACAUGAUCUGGGUGAAGCUAUUAUAGGUGAUAUUACUCCGCGCUGCGGUAUUUCGGUUACAGAGAAACAUCGAUUGGAAGAUGAGGCUAUGAAAAAAAUCACGGAGAUGGUACCAUCAACAGUUGGUGAAGACUGGUAUUCGUUAUGGCAGGAGUAUGAAGCCAAUGAAACUAAAGAAGCCAAAAUUGUUAAACAUUUGGAUAAAUUCGAUAUGGUCGUUCAAGCUUCUCACUAUGAACAAAAAUACGGGAUAGAUUUGGAAGAAUUCUUCACAACAACAAAAGAUUCAUUUACUCUGGAACCUUUUAUGUCAUGGAACGAAGAGUUACGGAUGAAGCGAUAUAUAAGGAAAAACGCAACACAGGAAAAUAAUUGA